ACAUCACUGUAGCCGGGUUUUCGUGAAUUUUAUUUCAUUAGUUCAUCAUAUUUCCGAUAAAAAAUAAAAAACAAUGCUGAAGAUGAAAUUAGAAGCUUUGGAGCACCCAACUCCUGAUAAACUGGACUAUAAUGAUCGUAAAGUUUUUGCCAGUACAAUUUUGUGGUUGGAAGACCAAAAAAUUCGUACCUAUAAAAUUGAAGAUCGGGAAAAUCUCCGCAGAGUAGACAACAUGCAGGCCUGGGAGGAAGCAUAUACACAGUAUAAAAAUGAUUUAGGAAUGCCACAUUUUGAAACGCCACUCGAAGACAUUUCGUGGAUUCUCAGCUAUGCAAUACGUUUAGAGUUCUUGGAUGCUCCCGAUGCAUAUAAGGACUUGAGUUCUGUGCAAAUGGCCCAAAAUGUCAAUAAAUCUAUUACCCCGUGUAUUAAAAAUGAAAGCUUCUUUGACAACAUGGAUUUUAACCAUAAAGAUUUUGUGGGUGGCAUUAGAGCUUUAGCAGCCAAGUUAAAAGUACCCCACCAUCCUAAUCAUUUAAUGCAACUGGAAGCUAUAGCUCGUAUUGUUAAAGAGCGUCUAUCACCUGCUGCUAAGAACCGUGAACCUAUUAUUGGUACACCAUUUCCAUUUGAAAAAGGAAAUGACAUUGUUUAUAAAGAUGACCCCGCAUUAGACUAUCCAGUGCGUAUUUUGCGUUUAUUACAAAUACAAAGUCUUCGCGAAUUACAAACUCAUAUUAAUGAAACUAUAGUGUCCGUACAAAAUUUAACUGCAAAUCCUAAAACUGAUACCAAACUUGGUAAAGUAGGACGUUAAAUAAGAUAUCGAAUCUUGAAAUAAAUUUAUAAUCUAUAUAUUUAUUUAAAUAUUAAAAUAACAAAUAGAAUAAAACUGAAAUCAUAUUGCAGUACAUAUAUGCAUAAAAGUUAAAA